AUGGCCCUCCUCCUCGGCUUCCUGCUGCUGCUGCUGGAGCUCUGCAGGAAUACCCUCUCCCUGGGAUCACGGUCAUCUACAGAGGGUACGGAGGUCUCGGAAUUGGAAUUGCCUGCCACGAACUAUGAGACCAAAGACUCCUACAAAGCUGGGCCCAUUGGCGGUCUCUUUCAAAUCGUGCACAUCUUCCUCCGCGUGGUGCAGCCCAAUGAUUUCCCCGAAGAUAUUGUAAGAAAAAUUCUACAGAAGAAGUUUGACCUCUCAACUGAUUAUGAGAAGCCAGAAAAUGUAGUCUUGACCCUGAAGAUUAUCUACUAUGAAAUCGGGGUCAUCAUCUGUGCUGUCCUGGGACUGCUCUUUGUCAUUCUGAUGCCCCUGGUAGGGUUCUGCUUCGGUCUGUGUCGUUGCUGUAACAAGUGCGGUGGAGAGAUGCACCAGCGUCAGAAGAAGAAUGGGCCCUUCCUGAGGAAGUGCUUUGCGGUCUCCCUCUUGGUGAUUUCUAUAUUUAUAAGCAUUGGUAUCAUCUAUGGUUUUGUGGCAAACCACCACCUGAGGGCCCAGAUCGAAAAGACUCGGAAACUGGCAGACAGCAACUUCAGAGACUUGAGAACUCUCCUGAACGGAGCUCCAGCGGAAAUCAGCUAUAUCCUGAGCCAGUACACCACCACUAAGGAAAAGGCAUUCUCAGAUCUGGAUAAUGUUAAAUCAUUGCUAGGAGGCGGAAUUCACGAACAGCUGAGACCUAAAGUGAUCCCCGCGCUUGAUGACAUCAAAGCCAUGGCAGAAGCAAUCAAAGAGACCAAAGAAGCCCUAUUGAAUGUGAACAAUACCUUAAAGGAGCUGAAAAAGUCAAGCGCACAACUGAACACCAGCCUCAGUGACGUUAAAAGGGACCUGGAACAAUCACUCAAUGACCCCAUGUGCUCUGCACCUCCAGUGGCUACCACUUGCAACAACAUCAGAACGUCUCUAAGCCAGCUGGAUGACAAUACCAACAUGGAUCAGCUCCCAUCUUUGGAUAAGCCAAUUGAUAAGAUUAAUGAUAUUCUUCAAACAAAUUUGUCCAGCCUGGUUCAACAGGGCUAUAAAUCCUUUAAUGAUAUUCCUGAGAUGGUGAAAAAUCAAACCACAGACAUCAUAUCAGAUGUCAAAAGUACCUUGAAUUCCAUUGGUUCAGAUAUUGAAAGUAUAGGCGAACAGAUUCCUAUUCAGGAUCAGCUAUCGAAUUUCAUGGGUUACAUUAAUGACACUGAAACUUACAUCCACCGCAAUUUACCCACGUUGGAAGAGUAUGAUUCGUACAGGUGGCUAGGUGGCCUGGUUGUCUGCUGUUUGCUGACACUCAUCGUGAUUUUUUAUUACCUGGGCUUGCUGUGUGGCACGUGUGGCUAUGACCGGAAUGCCACCCCGACCAGACGAGGCUGCGUCUCAAACACUGGAGGCAUCUUCCUCAUGGUUGGGGCUGGAGUCAGCUUCCUGAUUUGUUGGAUAUUGAUGACCAUCGUGGUUCUCACUUUUGUCGUUGGUGCAAACGUGGAAAAACUGCUCUGUGAGCCUUACCAAAACAGGAAGUUAUUCCAGGUUUUGGACACGCCGUAUUUACUAAAUGAGAAUUGGAAACACUAUCUCUCUGGCAUGGUAUUUAACAAACCGGAUAUUAAUCUCACUUUUGAACAAGUUUACAGUGAUUGCAAAGAAAAUAAAGGCAUUUAUGGCACACUUAAGCUAGAGAAUAGCUAUAAUAUCAGUGAACAUCUCAAUAUUCAAGAGCAUGCUGGAAACAUAAGCAAUGACUUUCAAAAUAUGAAAGUAAAUAUUGACAAUAUCGUUCUGCUGGAUGAAGCAGGAAGAAAAAACCUUAUGGAUUUCAGCUUUUCAGGAAUAGACGCCAUAAAUUAUAACAUCUACUUGGCUGAGCUGAGUAAAGCCCCCACCAAAGCGAACCUUUUAUCCUUUGCAGAUGAUCUAGAAGUAAAAGCCAACCAUCUGCCCCACGGAAGUCUGAAACAGUCCCUGAAAAACAAUGCACAGACAAUUAGGACGAUUCACCGUAGCGAAGUCAUCCCUUUGGAACAGUCAAUGAGCUCUGUAUACCAAAGCAUCAAGGAACUUCAACAAAAAAGCAGCGGAUUGGGGAUGAAAGUGACCAAUACCCUUUCCUCUUUGGAUUCCGCUCAGGACUUCCUCACAACCCGUAUUUCCUCGGUUAUUGUUGAAGAAAGUCAGAAGUAUGGGAACACGAUAGUAGGAUACUUUGAACGCUAUCUGCAAUGGGUCAAAAUCUCAAUUACUGAGAAAAUUGCAGCCUGCAAACCCGUGGCCACCGCUUUAGACUCUGCUGUUGACGUCUUUCUGUGCAGCUACAUUAUUGACCCCAUGAAUUUAUUUUGGUUCGGCAUAGGAAAAGCCACCGUAUUUCUACUUCCGGCUCUCAUUUUUGCUGUAAAGCUGGCCAAGUACUAUCGUCGAAUGGAUUCAGAGGAUGUGUACGAGGAUAUUUUAUAGUGCUGAAACUGUAUCCGUCAAAAAUAUGGAAAAUGGUAAUAUUGGUUUUCAUAGACAUCAUUCCAC